GCGCAUCUUGACGCGCGUUCACAUUUCUCUACUCACACGCGCGCAAGUAUACAGCAACACACCGCGAGCAUCCCUGAACGGAGGGAGCGCUCGUUUUGGUUUCACAAUCUAGAAGAAUCCCUGUGUUACAAUUUUCCACGUUUAAUAACAGACUGUCUGCCGCCGCAGAAUGAUCCCGGGCCCUGCCCAUCCUUCUGGACUGUGAGGCCCGCACAGAAAUCCACCUUGCACCCGGCAGAAGGACCCUCAGUGACCGCUACGCCUACAGCAGCAGCAGCGGCAGCCAGCCCGAGACAGAAUGUCAAGUAGCCCGGAAGAAAGUCGUUCAAGGGGCGGCGGCUCCAACUGUGACCUGAAGCUGGCCUCUUCAAGCAACACAUCCCCGGAGGGUGGACCUCCACCACCGCUGCACCAGAACCGAAUACGGCAGUCUGACAGUAACACCAGCUUCCUGCGGGCUGCUAGAGCGGGAAAUAUUGACAAAGUCUUGGACUUUCUGAAAAAUGGAGUAGACAUCAGCACCUGUAACCAGAAUGGUCUGAACGCGCUGCAUCUGGCUGCUAAAGAGGGACACAAGGAUUUAGUGGAGGAACUAUUGGAGAGAGGGGCACCUGUUGACUCUUCCACCAAGAAAGGAAACACGGCCCUCCAUAUUGCUGCUCUAGCUGGACAGAAAGAAGUGGUCAGACUACUAGUAAAAAGAGGAGCAGACGUUAACUCGCAGUCGCAGAAUGGCUUCACCCCACUUUACAUGGCAGCCCAGGAGAAUCACUUGGAGGUGGUGCGAUUCAUGCUGGAAACUGAUGGGAACCAAAGCAUAGCAACAGAGGAUGGCUUCACCCCUCUGGCCAUCGCCCUCCAGCAAGGCCACAACUCAGUGGUCUCACUGCUGUUGGAACAUGACACCAAGGGGAAGGUUCGCCUUCCGGCCCUGCACAUCGCGGCUCGCAAAGAUGACACAAAGUCCGCCGCACUGCUACUUCAGAACGACCACAAUGCUGACAUCCAAUCUAAGAAUGGGAUCACACCUCUCCAUGUGGCCUCCAAGAGAGGCAACACAAACAUGGUGGCUCUGCUGUUGGACCGAGGAGCUCAGAUUGAUGCUAAAACCAGGGAUGGACUGACUCCCCUGCACUGUGCAGCCAGGAGUGGACAUGACCCAGCAGUGGAAAUUCUGCUGGAGAGGGGAGCUCCCAUCUUAGCAAGAACUAAGAACGGACUGUCCCCGCUGCACAUGUCAGCCCAGGGAGACCACGUAGAGUGUGUCAAGUUCCUGCUGCAGUACAAGGCGCCUGUUGAUGAUGUCACACUGGACUACCUCACGGCACUGCAUGUCGCAGCUCACUGUGGCCACUACAGAGUCACCAAGCUUCUGCUGGACAAGAAGGCCAAUCCUAAUACAAGAGCACUGAAUGGGUUCACUCCCCUACACAUCGCCUGUAAGAAGAACAGGGUGAAAGUGAUGGAACUUUUGGUCAAAUAUGGAGCCACCAUUCAGGCCAUUACUGAGUCUGGUCUGACGCCCAUCCAUGUAUCUGCCUUCAUGGGCCACCUCAACAUUGUUUUACUCCUGCUGCAGAAUGGAGCUUCACCUGACGUCCGUAACAUUCGUGGUGAGUCAGCUCUCCACAUGGCAGCACGAGCAGGUCAGAUGGAAGUGGUUCGUUGUUUGCUGAGAAACGGAGCACUAGUGGACGCUGUGGCCAGAGAGGACCAGACCCCCCUCCAUAUCUCGUCCCGUCUGGGGAAAACUGAUAUAGUUCAGUUGCUGCUGCAGCACAUGGCUCACCCAGAUGCUGCCACUACCAACGGCUACACCCCGCUCCACAUCUCAGCCAGGGAGGGACAGGUGGAGACAGCCGCAGUGCUGCUGGAGGCUGGAGCUUCACACUCACUGGCCACAAAGAAAGGAUUCACUCCAUUACAUGUAGCAGCUAAGUAUGGAAGCCUUGAUGUAGCAAAACUUCUUCUUCAACGCAAAGCUCUCACAGACGAUGCUGGCAAGAAUGGCCUGACUCCGCUACAUGUGGCAGCUCAUUACAACAACCAAGAAGUAGCUCUGCUGCUGCUCGAUAAAGGGGCAUCGCCUCAUGCUACUGCAAAGAAUGGCUACACUCCUCUCCACAUUGCAGCCAAAAAGAACCAGACUAACAUUGCAUUAGCGCUGCUGCAGUACGGAGCAGAGACCAAUAUUCUGACCAAGCAGGGGGUCAGCCCUCUACACCUGGCAGCCCAGGAAGGACACGCUGAGAUGGCCAGCCUGCUGCUGGGCAAAGGAGCUCACGUCAACGCAGCCACCAAGAGUGGACUGACUCCUCUACAUCUCGCAGCCCAAGAAGACAGGGUCAGUGCAGCAGAAGUACUGGCCAAACAUGAUGCCACCUUGGAUCAGCAAACCAAGCUUGGAUAUACCCCUCUGAUAGUGGCCUGUCACUAUGGAAAUGCCAAGAUGGUGAACUUCCUGUUACAACAAGGUGCCAGCGUCAACGCCAAAACCAAGAAUGGAUACACACCCCUUCACCAGGCAGCACAACAAGGCAACACACAUAUUAUCAAUGUGUUGCUACAACAUGGUGCCAAACCAAAUGCUACUACAAUGAAUGGAAACACAGCUCUGUCUAUUGCCAGACGUCUUGGUUACAUCUCUGUAGUGGACACACUGAAAGUAGUCACAGAGGAGGUCAUCACUACCACAACUACGGUCACCGAGAAACACAAGCUUAAUGUCCCUGAGACCAUGACUGAGAUCCUCGAUGUGUCCGAUGAAGAAGGUGAGGACACUAUGACGGGUGAUGGAGGGGAGUAUCUGAGAGCAGAGGAUCUCAGAGAGCUGGGAGAUGACUCUCUGCCAGGACACUACUUAGACGGAUUCAGCUACAUGAGCCACAACUUGGACAGGCCGCAGCUGACUCCUACUCACCAGAGUUUCCAUCAGAGAGAAGGAGUUCUUAUUGAAGAAAUGCUAACAAGCCACCAGGUAUCAGCACUGGCCAGAGAGCAUGACAAGGAAUCGUUCCGUCUGAGCUGGGGUGCUGAGCACCUUGAUAACGUGGUGCUGUCCUCCAGUCUGCUACAUUCAGGCCAUUCCUCUCCGUGCCUAGACCAUGACAACAGCAGCUUCCUGGUCAGCUUCAUGGUAGAUGCCAGGGGCGGGGCCAUGCGUGGUUGCCGUCACAAUGGCCUGCGAAUAAUCGUUCCACCAAGAAAGUGCUCUGCACCAACACGGGUGACAUGCCGGCUAGUGAAGAGACACCGUCUGGCCUCCAUGCCCCCUAUGGUGGAGGGUGAGGGGCUGGCUGGUCGCAUCAUAGAAGUGGGUCCCACUGGAGCCCAGUUCCUGGGGCCUGUGAUUGUGGAGAUCCCCCAUUUUGCAGCUUUGCGGGGCACAGAAAGAGAACUGGUGAUCUUGAGGAGUGAAACAGGAGAGAGCUGGAGGGAACACCACUGUGACUUCACAGAGGAGGAACUCAACCAGAUAUUGAAUGGCAUGGAUGAAAAACUUGAUUCCCCAGAGGAGCUUGAAAAGAAAAGAAUAUGCCGCAUUAUCACUCGAGACUUUCCCCAGUAUUUCGCGGUUGUGUCACGGAUAAAACAGGACAGUCAUCUGAUUGGACCAGAGGGUGGGGUCCUCAGUAGCACCCUAGUGCCCCAGGUCCAGGCUGUCUUCCCUGAAGGUGCCCUCACUAAGAAGAUCAGGGUUGGGCUACAGGCUCAGCCCAUUGACGUUGAGGUGAUAAGGAAGAUUCUUGGUAACAAAGCUACAUUCAGUUCAAUUGUCACAUUGGAGCCUCGAAGGAGGAAGUUCCAUAAACCGAUCACCAUGACAAUCCCUGUUCCUAAGAGCUCCAAUAGUGACGGACAAAGCACUGAGCUCAGUGGGGAGACCCCCACCUUACGUCUGCUCUGCAGUAUUACUGGUGGAACAACUCCUGCCCAAUGGGAGGACAUCACAGGUUCCACACCUCUCACCUUUGUUAACCAGUGUGUUUCUUUCACCACAAAUGUGUCAGCGAGGUUCUGGUUGAUAGACUGCAGACAGAUCCAAGAGUCUGUUAGUUUUGCCUCUCAGCUGUACAGGGAGAUCAUCUGUGUUCCUUACAUGGCCAAGUUUGUCAUUUUUGCCAAGACACUUGACCCCAUUGAGGCCCGCUUGCGAUGUUUCUGCAUGACAGAUGAUAAGAUGGACAAAACCCUGGAGCAGCAAGAGAACUUCACUGAAGUUGCUCGUAGCAGAGAUGUUGAGGUGCUGGAGGGAAAACCUAUAUUUGCUGACUGCUUUGGAAACCUGGUGCCUCUUACUAAGAGUGGACAGCACCAUGUGUUCAGCUUUUUUGCCUUCAAAGAGAACAGGCUGGCCCUAUUCAUCAAAAUUAGAGACACAGCACAAGAUCCUUGUGGUCGCUUGUCCUUUACCAAGGAACCACGUACCUACCGUAGUCUUACCCACAAUGCCAUCUGCAAUCUUAACAUCACUCUUCCUGCUUACUCAAAGGAGUCUGAUUCAGACCAAGAUCCAGAUGAUGAGAGUGAGAAGAGCGACAAGAAAUCCUCUUGCAGUUCAGAUUCUGAUGGCAACCCAUUACCUACUGCCCAACCGCCAUCUGGGAGAGAGGAUGUGUUUGAAUACAGGCAUGCUUGGGAUGACACAGUGGAAACCCAGAUGCAGAGAAUCAUCGAUGAUAAAACUCCACGAUGUACGUCAGUGGAUUGGCAGGAUGAUGCUGACAGAAAAGAGGAGACAUUAGCUAUCGUAGCAGAUCUACUUGGGUUCAGCUGGACAGAACUCGCAAGAGAACUGGAAUUCAGUGAGAAUGAAAUCCAACUGGUGAGAACAGAGAAUCCUAAUUCCCUCCAAGAGCAGAGCCAUGCGUUACUCCAACGCUGGGUUGAGCGGGAAGGAAAACAUGCAACAGAGGACUGUCUGGUUAAAAGACUUACCAAGAUCAACCGUAUGGAUAUUGUCCAUUUAAUUGAAACUCAGAUGAACAAGUCAGUUCAAGAGCAAACUUCUAGAACUUAUGCUGAAAUAGAGAAGACACUGGAUCACAGUGAAGUGUCAGUAGCCCUUUCUUCAGUGCAAGACGAUGCAGACAGCCCCAGAAUUGUGAGAAGGGUGGAGUCAGACCGCAGACCACCCCCUGCUGUUUCUGAAGAGGAUCUCUCAGUUGCUUCCCUACUGGAUAUUCCAUCCUGGGCAGAGCCUGUUGGACACACCCACUCAGAAAGCAUGCAUGGUGACCUUUUGGAGGACCUUGAGAUCCCACAUGAAUUGAACCCUAACCUCUGGAGCUCCGAGGAUGUUAUUGCACAAGAACCUACAAGUUAUGACAACACAGAUGAGCAAGCUGACGACAUGCCUGACCUUCCUUCUCAGUCUGUAACUGAAGAAAAGUAUCAGGAUGAAAAUGGACACAUUGUGGUCAAAAAGGUUACCCGAAAAAUCAUCCGCAAAUGUGUAUCCGCGGAUGGUGUGGAGCGAGAAGAGGUUUUGGUAGACGGAGCUCCAGAGGGGUCCAUCGGUAUGGCAGAGGGAGAUGGAUACUCUAAGGUGGUGAAGAGGACUGUACUGAAGAGUGAGGGAGACCACACAGAGGUAACAUUUGCUGAAUGUGAAGGUUUCUCAUCAAAACAAGACAUGGCUGAAGGUGGUAAGGUCAGACACACAGAAAAGACAACAGUGGUCGAGGGUGAAAGGACAAUGACACACAAAGGGGAUCCAUCUUUGGCUUCUGACCUCCCCUCAGCCAAAGAUGACUUCAAACAGGGCCCACAUGCGUAAAGGUCGCACCCUCAGACGGACUGUGGUGAAGGAAGCCGGGCAGCGUAAACAGGUCCUUCUAGAGCAAGUGGACAACCCCAGAAAAGGGUCAAAACCACAUGAUCUCCAGCAGCAUCUCCACCAGCUCUUUCACCGCUACUACAAAGAAAAAAAGGAGAACACCGAUGAGGACGAAGAAGGAUAGGAGGAAGAGUAGAAGACUAUGUAACACUCUCCCCCACUCCCCGGCUCUGCCCAUGCUAAAGCCCCACCCCCUAAUCCUAUGCAUAAGCCACAUGCAAUCCCAGUGUGCACCACGGCACCUCAAAACUACCACAGUCUUCCCAUUUUAAGUCCUGGAAGAUGACGGUUUGUUCACACUUUAGAGUUGUCUUCCUAAGCUAGUAUAAUAUCCUCAUGAUUUCCUUUUCAUGUUCUGAUGUUGUUUUGCCUUUUUGUGACCAAAGAAAGCCUUCUGUUGUUUUCCUGUUAAUUUUAAUUUCCACAUCCUAAUUGUCUUUGAUAUUUUGUCUCAAUGCUGUGGUAGAGCAACUAAAAAAAGAAAACAGAUGAACACUAUUUACAUCAACUAACUCACAAACCUCCUGAGGGUAAGGACCACUUCACCUGCAAAAUACUGGUAUUACUCUCUGAGUAGGUGCUUGGACUUGAAAGACAGUAUCCCACACUGCACUGCCUCUCACAACUAGAGAUUCUCAGAUAUCCCUCACUCUAAAACUGUCUCACUCUGUACUAGCCUGUUUGCUCUUUUGAUUCAGGUGGUGAAGAUGUCACACAGAGAAAACGCGACUGUAUCGACACUGAAUUUAACUGCUGCUGCUGCUGCUGCUGUGUUUUGUGUAGGCUAUGUGUAAUCUGUCCUUGGGAAUUAUAUAGUACUUAUAAUCUAGACAUAAAGACAUCAAGUAGCCUAGGAAUUAAUAAUCACCCAUGUCAAGUAGAACAGGCAUGACUAAUCAACAUCUGUCAUUUUGAUCCUAGCUUUGACUGCUUUGUAGUUCUACGGAUUGCCCUUCUGCCUGUCUUUCUCUUCUCUGUGUCUUUCUUUUUGUUAGUACUUUUUAUUUUAUUUUUCCUGUCUUUUUCUCUUGAAAUUGUUAAAACUGACUCAUGAUGAAUGAAUGAUGAAUGUGUAGCUAUAGUGUGUCCACGCAUGUUUAAGACUGCAUUGUCAGCUUUUUUGGAGAGGUUAUUGUCAAAGUAUUAUUUAGUUCAUUUUAACUCUGUUGUUUGAAAAUGGGGUAUUUAAAGUUUUAUUAGUGAUUUUUUUUAGUAUAUAUAACAUCUGGAUUCUUUUUUUUUUUCGCUUUUAUUUUGUCCCUCAGAUGUGGCACUGGUGAAAAAGAUUGUCACGGUUGCUUGUCAAGAAAUGAGAUUUGUGGUACGGUGACCAUGUUUUUCUGCUUUAUUUAAUGUAGACUUUAUUAAUUUAUCUUUGAAAAGAAAGUGUCAGACCAGGUGUUGGCUUCAGUGUGGUGUGUUUGUGAGUGAAUGAGUAUGUGAGCAAAGUACAAGAGUGUGUGCUAGUUUCAGUCAGCAUACAAAAGAAACAUAUUUUACACAAACCGCAUUUGCACUCCUGAAUGUCAGGAGGAUUCACCUCCAUGCUUUUUGUGCACACAAUCUGAGGUACAGUAUAUCUUAGCCACUGACAGUCUCAUUUAGGCGUGACGGAUGACAAAUACAUGGUAAUGUUACACCAGAACACAAGUAAGGAGGCAGGUUGAGAGCUUAAAUAUACCAUUACUCACUGCUCUGAGCAUUGCAACUGUAUGUAUCUACAACAUGUAAUGUAUUUAUUUAACUAUCACUGUUUAUUUUGUGAUUUAGAAAAAUGUAAAAUGCAAUCUAGUGGAAGCUCACUGUGACAGGUAUGCUUUUAAUUUGAAGAAUCAGCAUCCCUUUUCUGUGAUAACAGUUAUAUACAUAUACAAUGCAUAUAUAAAUAUCUAUAAGGGCAUGUAUUACUGUAUCAAAACUCAAAAAGACAAAAAUAAAAUGGCUGCAGUGUGUCUAUGGCUGAUAGAGAAUAAAAGUCUACAAAUGUUAA